AUGAGGCUUUUCAAGACUGUGGCAGCCUCGCCACAGGCAGCCCUUGCCCGAAUGUCCAGCACGGGCAAGCCCACCUUGCAAGAAUGGACGGAUUCCAUCCAGGAUUGGAAAUGGGGACUUUCCAGGUCGCAGAUUUCUUCGAUCUUCCGUGGUAUCGAUACAGAGAUGGAUGGACAGGUUGACAUCCACGAGCUUCUGAGCUGUUUCAGGCGCGGCGAGUACGAAGGGCAGUUUUGGCAGCCAGCCAAUGCACCCGCUGCAAGCUUUCAGCCAGACGCUUCCGCAGUGCAGGGGUUGAACUCUCAAUACAAUUGCCAUGAUGGCCUGGAGAUGUGGCGGUUUGAGUGGUCAAAGGAGAAGCAGGUGUCAUGCAGUCUCAUAAGCGCCAGCGAGUUGCGUGGAAGCCUGGCUCCAAACCUGACGCCUGCCGAGGUCCUCAGGCAAAUGGAUACCAAUGGGGAUGGAGUAGUUAGCCACGAUGAGUGGGUUGCAGCUGCAACAGGGCUUGCGGGUCAGGGCCCUUUUGUGAAGACCUUGAUCGAGCCUCGCGCGGAAUUCGCCUUCAAGUCCAUGGAUGUGAGCCAGGAUGGACUUCUCAAUCAGAAGGACCUCGAAAGCUCGCUAGGUCUGGGCUCAACUCCAUUGGGAGCUGGGCCGCGCACCUCUUCAGGUGUGUCGGCAGCUGCACUGAAGGAUCGAGUCUUGGCUCGAUGGUCCACGCUGUCCAAUGCAUUCCAGAAGAUUGACCAGGAUGACAAUCACCGACUGAGUCGGGCAGAGUUCCUCACUGGCCUGGCAGAGCUUCGCCCGCCGAUCGAGGAUGCCGCCGAGGUGGCGCACCUGUUCGAGGGCUUCGAUGCACUGCACGAUGACAGAAUCACGCCUCCAGAGUGGCAUGGCACCCUGCAGACUGGACAGCUCUUCCAGACACCGGAGGCUCUGCAGCAGGUGCUGCACAUGGGUUCGGAACACAGCUCCAGCUGGAUUCACAGGUCGCCGAAGCAUGCGGCCGCGUCGCAAGGAGCAGUUGCCGAGAAGACCCCUGAUCAAGCAGCGGUGCCGGAGAAGGAGGGCAUCACGGACAGCCGCUUGAAAGAAUUGGGCGGCCACUUGGAUUCUCUGGCUGCCCACGCGGAAAGUACAUUCCGAGAGAAGGCAGUGAAAUGGGCGGGGAGCAUGCGGAAUGCAUGCAUGAGGAUGGGUGUCCUCCGCGAUGCGAUCUCGCCGAGCGACUUCCAAGCUGCGAUUGGGGGUUUCGAGCCGCUUUUGGCAGAUGAAACCUCGACCGCCAUAUUCAACCAGAUGGACGCGGACAAGGACGGUUUCAUCAGCAGCGCCGAGUGCUUCAUGUCACAGGAAGAGCUGGCCAAGCAGCUCUCAUCGGCGAGUUCCUUGCGAAAUCUGUUUUGUGACGCUGACUUCAACAACGAUGGUCAACUGUCACGAGAGGAAUUUGCGAAGUUUGGCAAGUUGUUGAACCAGGGAUCUGCGGAGGGGAAGUUCUCAGCUUACUUCGACGAGUUGGCUGGUGCUGGCAAGCCGCCUAUCACCUUGGCGGCCCUUGAGAAGCUGGCUGGCAAGUCCACUGCUGGCAAGCAAGCCCUGUCCAAGGAGGAUGGUGCAAAGUAUGGACUCCCGGCAAUCAUCCAUGGAAAAUGCGUUCUGGGAGUGAAAGGGAGCAAUAUCCCACCGGGCUUGAGUGACAAGGUGGGCGAGUCUUUCUCCUCAACCCUCUCCCAACGGCUGGGGGUAACGGUCAGGGUUGCAGGGGCGCAGGAGCAGCAGGGCACAACAUCAAAAGAGUUCGAUGUACUGUACACCUCCAAGACACAGGAUGGUGCAGCUGUCAUGAGCAAGCUGCAGGAAAAUGCUGACAGCAUUCAGACAGAACUGGAGAAUCGAGUUGCAGCAUUGGUCUCCCCAUCUGCUUCUGCCUCUGCUUGGUGCCGAAGCACCAUGGACUUCUAUGGCCCGAAGGCAGGUGACCUUCCGAAAGGGCAGAAGGUGACGCAGGAGUUUGGCAGGGGAGCUCGGCUUGUCGCAGAUUCUGCGCAGCUUGAGGGCAGGAAUGCUCAAAAGCUUGUCGUAGGUCAGCUUGCCGGCAAGCCAAAGGAGACGGGAUCUCCGUUGCUUGCCCAGCUUGCAUCUAGUCCUUUGAGCGUGGGCUUGUCGGGGGAUCACCCAGAUACGCUGCAGUCCAUCUUCUUGAAAGGCAUGAGCCUCCGUGGCUACAGUGCCAUGUACAUUUGGUGUCACUUUGUGGGCUCGCUGCCAAUCCGACGACCGUGUGCUGCAGCCGUGUAUGCUCCGGCCAGCAUGAACUUGAAAGCUGUGGCGAUGCUCGAAGGCGGCGAAGGGGGAGGCCCAGCGCCCCUGCGCCUGGCUUCAAGCCGCCUGGAGGUCGGCCAUGAUCUCCAAGUGCGCCAAACGGGCCGAACAUUGCCCUCCCAAGGUCGAACCUGCGUUGCGCUGGCAACCUCCCUCCUUGUCGUGGGGCCACGCCCCGUUCGGCGCUGCCGGGCAUCCCUGCGGUAUGUCGGGAGGUCAGUGCUGAGGGCCAAGAAGAAACAGCGGGAAAAGACGGAGUUCGAUCCUAUUGAAGAGUACCGCCGCGUGCAAGAAGAUCCGAUUGGCUCCUGGGGCUUCUUGGACGAUGGCGAGUUUGCAACACGCAUCGUCACUUGUUCUGCUGUUGCAUUCUUGCCGGCACUGUUGUUGACGACGGUUGUCUUUCCUCCAGCCGAUGAAGAGGGCAUAGUUUUCGAAAAUAUGGUUGCGUCUUUUUCCUAUGCCUUUGCACUCUCGUUGAGCUUUACGUUUCUUCUACUUCUGCGUGUUGGUGGAUUGCUCGACCCUCUGAACAAGAAUCUUCUGGCUAAGUCCUACGUCGUAGAAGACAGCCGGGAUCAGCGAAGCCAGCGGAGCUUGCUUGGGACUGGCGGCUACUACGCAGAGGUCCGGACAAAGCCGGAAGACGAGCGUCAGCGGGAUAAGCUCCUGGGCGAGUACACCACGGCGCCCGCCAUGGCCAGACUGCGGAAGUAUCUGCUGGGCGCGAUCGCCCUGGCAGCUCUUGGAUGGACCGUCGGGGCCCUGUCUGGUGCGGAGAUGCGCCAAAAUCUGGAGCGAGAAGAGGAGGAACAGGCCUGUGGUGUUGGAUGCAUACCAGGCUUCGAGACGACGGAUGACACACUUGUAAAGAGAAGCUCCUGGAUAUUUAACCGUGUGUAG